AUGCCCACCGCCGCAAUCGACACCAAGACCGUGCUCGACGUCGACCCAUGGCUUGAUCAGAACGCCGCGGCCAUCGUCGCCAGGCACGACAAGUUCAGGAAGUGGAAGGACACUUUGGAGGAACACGAAGGCGGAUACGAGAAUUUCACGAAGGGAUAUCUGAAAUUCGGGUUCAACAUCAAGGACGACGGGACAGUCGUGUACAGAGAAUGGGCCCCAAAUGCUAAGGAAGCGUAUCUCAUUGGAGAGUUCAACGACUGGGAUAGGACGUCGCAUCCCAUGACCAAGGACAACUUUGGCGUCUGGGAACUCGUUAUUCCGCCAACUUCCACUGGGGUCUGCGCCAUUCCGCAUGAUUCGAAAAUAAAGAUUUCCAUGGUUCUUCCUUCCGGAACCCGCAUUGAGCGUCUACCGGCAUGGAUUCGCCGCGUUACACAGGACUUGAAUGUCUCUCCGGUAUAUGACGCUCGGUUCUGGAAUCCUCCUGCUUCGGACAGAUAUACAUUCAAGAACGCGCGCCCAAAGAAAGCAACCAAUGUCAGAAUUUACGAGGCUCACGUCGGGAUCUCCACCUCCGAGGGCAGAGUUGGCACAUAUAAGGAAUUUACCAAGAACAUUCUGCCUAGGAUUCAAAAUCUUGGAUACAAUGUAAUCCAACUCAUGGCCGUUAUGGAGCACGCGUAUUAUGCAUCGUUUGGUUAUCAAGUUACGAGCUUCUUUGCUGCCAGUUCACGCUAUGGAUUGCCCGAGGACCUGAAAGAGCUCAUCGACACUGCACACGGCAUGGGCAUAACGGUCCUCUUGGAUAUCGUUCAUUCUCAUGCCUGCAAGAACGUUCUUGAUGGCUUGAACGAAUUUGACGGCACCGAUCACCUUUAUUUCCACGAGGGAGGGAAAGGGCGACAUGAACUCUGGGACAGUCGCCUCUUCAACUACGGCCACCAUGAAGUGAUGAGGUUCCUGCUCAGUAACUUGAGGUUCUGGGUUGAGGAGUAUCAAUUCGACGGGUUCAGGUUCGAUGGUGUCACCAGUAUGAUGUACGUUCACCAUGGAAUCGGCACCGGCUUUUCUGGAGGGUACCAUGAAUACUUCGGGCCUGGUCAAGAUCAGGAAGGCGUAAUCUACCUCAUGCUGGCGAACGAUGCUAUGCAUUCCUUGUUCCCGGAAAUUAUCACGAUCGCCGAAGAUGUCUCUGGCAUGCCCCUGCUGGGCGCGCCUGUAGACAAAGGCGGGGUCGGCUUUGACUAUCGGCUCUCCAUGGCUAUUCCGGAUAUGUGGAUUAAACUGCUCAAGCACAAGACCGACGACGAAUGGAAUCUCGCGGACAUUGUCCAUACGUUGACGAAUCGCCGCCAUGGGGAGAAGAGCAUUGCGUACUGCGAGAGUCAUGACCAGGCUCUUGUUGGCGACAAGACGAUAGCUUUCUGGUUGAUGGAUAAGGAAAUGUAUACUAACAUGUCUGAUCUGACGGAGAUGACGCCGAUCAUUGCGAGGGGGUUGGCUUUGCACAAGAUGAUAAGAUUACUCACACACUCAUUGGGCGGCGAGGGAUACCUUACAUUUGAAGGCAACGAGUUUGGACACCCCGAGUGGUUGGAUUUCCCUCGUGCUGGAAACGGCAACUCUUUCCACUAUGCGCGAAGACAGUGGAACGUUGUCGAUGACCCACUCCUCCGGUACAGAUAUCUCAAUAACUUCGACGGUGCCAUGAACCAUGCGGCAGCGAAAUAUGGAUGGUUGGAAGCUCCCCAAGCCUACGUUUCUCUGAAACACGAAGUCGACAAGGUCAUCGUCUACGAACGGGCAGGCCUACUCUUCGUGUUCAACUUCCACCCAUCCCAAAGCUUCACCGACUACAGAGUCGGCGUCCAGGAACCUGGCGAAUACAAGAUUAUCCUCAGUAGUGACGAGAAGCGUUUCGGCGGAUUCGACAACAUUUCUCUCACUUCGACAUUCCACACCACGGAUCUGGAAUGGCAUGGGAGGAAGAAUUUCAUCCAGGUUUAUAUUCCCAGCAGAACAUGCAUCGUUCUUGCGAAAUAG